GUUUUAAUUGUUUAAUUGUUUUAUUAUAUUGUUUUUUGGGGGGAGAGGGGAUUAUUCUGGUCCUAACUCCAGUACAGUAGGCGGCAGUAAUGCACCCCUAACGCUGGAUGCCAACCGCCUCUCAAGGAACGACCGGAAGUUAGGUGUGAAGACAGGAACAACAAAGAGGAGAAAGCGAAGCGGCUAUAAAAGCUCUUUAGGAGACACACCUCAACACGAAACCAAGGAAAGUAGCUGUCGAUCUCAGUAGGGCAAAAGAAUCUGGUGUGCAUGUGAGGACAAGUGUCAGCCGAGCCAAAAAUGGCGAACAAUGCCGAGGAUAUCGAGAACAACAUGGACCAGCAGGAGACAAAUGUGGCCUCUGAACCCCCCCCUCAGCCCCAGGAGGAAGCAGGGGUCCGGGUCCGGUGCAGAGCAGCUGAUGAAGCAGUUGCAGGUCCCGGGGGAAACGGCAGCGGUCCGGAGCAGAACGGGCAGCCCCCCGCCUCCCGGCCCCCCCGGGUGGUGGAGACGGAGGAGGACGAGGACGAAGAGCUGACCCUGAAGUACGGAGCCAAACACGUCAUCAUGCUGUUCGUGCCCGUGACGCUCUGCAUGGUGGUCGUCGUGGCAACCAUAAAGUCCGUCAGCUUCUACACCAAGAACGACGGGCAGAGGCUGAUCUACACACCGUUCCCUGAGGACAUGGUGACGUUGGGACAGCGAGCGCUGAACUCCAUCCUGAACGCCACCAUCAUGAUCACCGUCAUCAUCGUCAUGACGCUGGUGCUGGUGCUGCUCUACAAGUACCGCUGCUACAAGGUGAUCCAAGGCUGGCUCUUCCUCUCCUCCCUCCUCCUGCUCUUCGUCUUCUCCUACAUCUACCUCAAGGAGGUUUUUAAGAACUACAACGUGGCCAUGGACUACUUCACGCUGUCCAUAAUAAUCUGGAACUUCGGGGUGGUGGGCAUGAUGUGUAUUCACUGGAAGGGCCCCCUGAGGCUCCAGCAGGCCUACCUCAUCAUGAUCAGUGCACUAAUGGCCCUCGUCUUCAUCAAGUACCUGCCCGAGUGGACCGCCUGGCUCAUAUUAGCCGUCAUAUCCGUCUACGAUCUGUUGGCGGUGCUCUGUCCCAAAGGGCCCCUGAGGAUCCUGGUGGAGACGGCUCAGGAGAGGAACGAGCCCAUCUUCCCCGCCCUCAUCUACUCCUCUACUAUGGUGUGGCUCGUCAACAUGGCCGACACCGAGUGGCCAAAAAGAAACUCUACAGAAGCGGCGGCCCCUCCCCCUCAACCUCAGGAGGAUCCAGAAGCCGUGGCCUCCCCACCCCCCUCCACCCUGUCUCAGGACGACGGGGGCUUCAGCUCCAACUGGGUGAACAACCAGGAGCACCAGCUGGGCACCCUGCAGACCACGGAGCAGAGCCGCAGGGAGAUCCAGGAGAUGCCCUCCGCCCGCCCCCCAGUGGAGGACGACGACGACGACGAGGAGAGGGGAGUCAAGCUGGGCCUCGGAGACUUCAUCUUCUACAGCAUGCUGGUGGGGAAGGCCUCGGCCACAGCCAGCGGCGACUGGAACACCACGCUCGCCUGCUUCGUGGCCAUCCUCAUCGGCCUGUGCCUGACCCUGCUGCUCCUCGCCAUCUUCAAGAAGGCGCUCCCCGCCCUGCCCAUCUCCAUUUUCUUCGGCCUCGUCUUCUACUUCGCCACAGACAACCUGGUGCAGCCCUUCAUGGACAGACUGGCGCUACACCAGUUCUACAUUUAGCAGGACGCCGCCCCCCAUAAACCCCCACCCUCGUGUUUCCUCCGGCCAACAUCACCGGCCGGGUGGUGAACAGCAGGGCAAUGAUGGUGCCCCCCUCCUACAAAGCCACUAUGAGGACACAUGUUUUUUUUGUUCUGCCUUUUUCUCUCCUGGAGGGGUUCCCGCCCCAUUUUUAUUUCAGUUUUUUUUAAACCAAGAAGUGACAUUUCUCGCUCUGCUUGGGACCUCAUCUUCACCGUUUUUAAUUUAUCCAUGGAGGCUUCACAGGAGCUUCCUCUCACAGUAAUAACCACAGUCUUCUACAACUGUACAGAAGGAGCCUUGCUCAGGGACACUGAGAGGUCGCUGUGGAGCAAAGGGAGACGCUGUUCAUUCAAUCCUCCUUCAAAGACUUUAAUCAAAUAUCUUCACUUUUACAGCCCCCCCCCAAAAGUAACCCUACUUUAAAAGAAGAGAGCCUUCCUGAGUAACGGACACUCUGUGGUGGUGUUGAUGAUGUGUAGCUUGUGUUUGAGCCGUCAGUCACCACACGUGCUUUCCUCACCGACGUUAAGAAUGGUUAAGACGCGUUUGGUUUUCCCACUUUAGACACGAGAAGAAAAGCUCUGCGGAGGAGCGAUCACACCCCAAGUUCUUCAGUCUUUUUCACAGGAAAGAGUGGGUUUAUUGUCUCUAGAAUUAAGACUUGAGUCAUAGAGCUCCAAUGGAAAAUCAAUUGCCAAAAAUGUGGAUUUUUUAAAAGUAAUUGUUCAUAAAUGUGCAAAAAUGUCACAUCAAAGAGAAAUCACCAAGUGGUUUAUUACUCAAUAAUGUGAAUAAUCGUGUCACUUUAGAGACAUGAAAAACAAACCACUAUAGAGUGAUUAACAGAUCAUGUUUUGAGCCGGUGAAUCUUUCUCACCUGUAAAGUGGAUUUAUUAUCUCUAGAAUUAAGACCAGAGGGGAAUACAGCUGCAACGACGAGUCCAGAGAAACAUCAUUUCAGAAUAUAUGGUUAAUUGUUUGAGGUUUAAAGUCAUUUUUCAUGCAGAACUGUCCCGAAAUGCUGUUUUCAGCCUCUCUUAAAUCGAGAUUUUCCGCCUUUCUAUCUCUAGUAUCAUAUUAAAGGAAUAUCUUUAGCUUUUGGACUGAUAAAACAAGACUUUAAAGACAUCACCUUGGACUUUUAACAGCCUGAGACUUUUCACUAUCUGACCAAACAAUGAAGAGAAAAUGAUUAGUCAAUCAUGAAAAUAAUCUUGAGUGGCAGCCGUACUAAAUCAUGUUAUAUUCCCCCCCUUUAGAGACACACAAACAAAUCUGUCACACCUGCAACGAUAUACGCUGAUCACGAGCAUCUCUCGUUGAGAAAAAGGGGAUUUGUUUUGUGUCUAGACAUUAAGAUGUCGGUAUAACUUUGACACUGACUCUUUUAUUUCCAUCAAAAGGAACACCAACAAAACAAAAAGCUUGUGCAUCAGUUACUCCUCCCGUGUUACCUUGAAUUAUUGUAGAAAUCUAGUUUUUCUCUCAUGCCUCUGCGUUGGACAGAGUAUCCGUAAACAGAGAAAAGUCUUGAAAUGAAGUAAAAACACAACUCAUGCAGUUUAGCCCAAGUCUAGUUUAUCCAGUUGAUGCGUACUACUUCAUAAACUUCAUCCGAAUACUACGAAAAGUAUUUUCCUGUAGAGGCAUUUGAGGAAAAGUCAAGUUUCUUCAAUAACGGGAGAGUAAUUGAUAUAGAAAUUGACAAUUUGUGGGUGAAAUAUUCCUACAAAUCACAGUUGAUUUCACAGCCUGCAUAGGGAGGAAAGUUAUCACACACACACACACACACACACACACACACCUGAGAUUGCCUGGAGGUCCAGUGCCUUGCUCUGUGGGCAUUUCAGUAGUUGUUGUUGUUGUUAUUGUAGACAGAAACGUGCUUUUCAUUCUCUUCCCUGACUCACAUUUCAUUUUAUUUUUCUCCGACCUGCCCAGGGACUGUGACCCGUGAUCAUCUGCUCACACACUCUUUAGCCCGCCGUCUGAGACUAUGCUACACCACGGUUAUUUCCACUGAACACAGAUACUGUUGUGUGUAUUUUCCCAAAUAUGCAUAAAAUAAACUUUGUACUUUUUCAAACACGAGGGAAACGGUUCCUGCACAGAUCUGUGAAACUAACAUACCAUCUGGUUUUAAGGGGAACAUGCUGAAUGAGGGAGGUAUAUAUGUAGUGUGAUUGGAAACUUGAAUUUGAACAUAAUCUCCAGCAUUAACUGUGUUUUUACAAAUCAAAUGUAAUGAGAUACAGAUGGAUGCAGGACGAGCUGCUCCGAUGGGUUUUUAUUGUUGCACUCGAGUGUCGUGCUUGCAGAGAAAAACCGAGGGAACAAUAUAUAGAAUAUUUGUUCUGGAACGUUUCUUUUCUUUAGGGAAUAUGUCGGGUGACUGCCUUUUUUUUCUCCUGUUCUUCACAUGCAUAUGUGUGUUAUGCAAGGUUAUUCAAUUCAAAUUUUGUUUUUUUUAAUAAAUAAUGAAAGUUAAAAUAC